AUGCUAUGUGGUAUUUGUGAGAAAGACAAUAAUGAAAAGACAGUGCAGGUGACUUUGAAAGGAUUGCCCAGUUUAGUGAAAGCAAGUAAAAUUCGCGGGGAUGCUACGGACAUUCCUGGAAAACCUUCAGUGAUAUGUUUAAAGAAUAAUUGUGAAAAACUUGUUUCCGAUGAGUGGUUAAAACAAAGGGAUAGUAGAAACAAUACACCUGAAGAAGAACGUGCUUCCAUUCUAAAGGCAGCCGCCCAAAUAUUAAAAGAGGACAUUAGGGGAAUGGUUACUAAUUUGAAUGAGUAUCCUUCUUGCGAUGAUAUCAAAACAGGUGGAAAUUCAUUUUUUCCUAAUUCACUUGACGUUUUCUUUGAGGAGUUGGUCCUAAAAGGCAGGAAAAGCUCACUAUAUCAGACUAAAGUGAAUGAAAAACUUUAUUAUCUCUUUGAGGAACCAAAUGCUGAAAAUGAACGUUUACCGGUACUUCUAGACACUCUGUGGCUAACUGGUAAGGUUUUGUCUUUUUCCUCAAUUUCCUGGACUGGUUUUAUGUCUACUCUUGAGUCUGACUCCUUGAACGUGGAUACAAGUAUUAUACCGUUACCCUUUAUCAACUUGGAUCCUGGCAACUUGAACACAAUUUAUACAGCUCUUUCAUUUGCGGCCGAAAAAAGCAAACGGUAUGAAAAAUCUUGUAUCGUAACGUUUGACCAACCACUUUUUCAAAAAGCUGUAGAUAUCGUAGAAGGCUCAAAUAAAAGUGAUAUUGUGUCUUCUGUGAUUGUCAGGCUCGGAGGUUUCCACACUCUGAUGUCUUUUAUGGGAAGCGUUGGAAAAAUCAUGGCCGGAAGUGGAAUAGAAGAAUUGUUGACAACCGUAUAUGCAAAAAAUACUGUACCCCAUAUGAUGAGUGGCCAUGCUUAUUCUAGAGCUUUACGAGGACAUUUUCUAAUACACGAAGCUUUAAUUUUAAUUAUGUUGGAUGACCCAGAAAUUCUCUCAUUAUCCGAGGAAGACAUUCAAAAUAUUCAUAGUUUGUAUAAUGAUACCAAACUCAAUGUUAUCAAAGAAAAUGGAUUACUUAUUGAAGUUCAAGAAAAAGUCUAUGGACGAAUUGAUGAUUUAGCUAACACUAGCAGAACUGGAAAGUUUGUAAAAGAAAGGACAAUAUCAAAAAAUUUGGCUUCUAUGAAUAGUAGCAUCAAGCUACAUAAUACAUAUAUAGACUUCAACCCGAUGCAACUUUUCAACAGAAUAAUUUGUUCAAAUAAAACACCAGAAGAAAUAAAACAUUGCUUCAAAUAUGAGUUGUCGCCAUAUCCUUUAUCACUUUUUAAAGAUGGUAAUCUAAGAAAAGGAACAAAAUCUCAACUUCUUCAGGAGCUUGAUAAGAUCUAUAAGCCAGAAAGUAUGCCCCAUUCAGACACUGUUUAUGUUAUAGAUGGAGGAUUUCUGCUACACAAAGUCUCAUGGCAAAAACCAGCCUCAUAUAAUGACAUCUUCCUUCAAUAUGUAAAUUAUGUUAUUCACAACUAUAACAAGGAUUGUGUCAUAGUCUUCGACGGCUACACGAAAGAGGUUAUAUCAACCAAAGAAAGUUUACAACGAUGCAGAUCAAAGGGAAGCAUAGAAAUUUCCAUCCAUGCCCAAGCUUCGGUAAUUAUACCACAAGUGGAUUUUUUGAAGAACAGUCAAAAUAAGACACAGUUUAUAAAUAUCCUUCGAACCUACUUUGAAGACGUAGGUAUAACUGUGCAUCAAGCACCCAGGGAUGCUGAUUAUCUUAUUACAAUGACAGCAGUAGAACUAUCCAUGAUAAAAAAACACGUCACAGUUGUCUCAGAGGACACCGAUAUAAUGGUUUUGCUUAUACAUCAUGCAAAAAAUAAAAAUAUAUCCAUGCUUCGCCCAGGGAAAGCAGCAAAAGGACAGCAUGGACAGCAAGGACUCAAGUCCACAUUUAAUUUGGCUACUUUGCCCCCAACCGCAGACUCUGCAGAACAACAUGUUCUCAGGACAUACUUUCAGAUUCAAGAAUGGAUUGGCAACAACUUGGACCCUCUGCAAUACGGGUGGAAGAAAAAUAAGCAAGGUAACCUGAUACCUGUACAAUGUAAGGAAGCUGUAGUUCCCCUGAUCUAUUGA